AUGGAAAAUAAAAGAAAAAGAUCUAGUUAUUUUACAAAUAAUAAUAAAUUAAUAUUAAUUAAUAUCGUGGCCAAAUACAAGCACAUAAUAGAGAAUAAAAAAACAGACGCCGUCACGAGCAGCGAAAAAAUGGAAUUUAACAGGUUAGGAACAUCUUGUCCUAGAGAAGUAGAAUGUCUGAAACGAUGUUAUGAUAAUAGAAAGAAGCUGUUAAGAAAAUCAGUUGCCUGUGACCAAAGGGAGCUCUAUAAAACCGGAGGAGGACUUCCAGAGGUAGAGAAGAAAAAAGAGCCAGGUGAUGAUUUGUUACUAUCUAUAUUGAGCAAAAAGACUGUAGUUGGGAUGGAUAAUCUCAAUGACGAUGAUGCAGUGCUCUCAGAUGCAAAAUUACAAGAACCUGAGACUAUUGAGGUUGUCUAUGGGUUCUAA